CACUACUCAACUAGCUCAGUCACACUCACACAAAAUCUCAAUCCCAAACAAAUCCCACCCAACCAAUCAAAAUGCCUUCAUCUUCUUCUUCUGUGACUGUGGUUUCAAAAUGCACAGUUUAUCCCAACCAAAAAUCCACAAUCAAAUCCCUCAAGCUUUCGGUCUCAGACCUUCCCAUGCUCUCCUGCCAUUACAUUCAGAAGGGAGUUCUGUUUAAUUCCCCACCUUACUCCAUCAACGACCUUGUCAAUUCUCUCAAGCAAUCUCUCUCCGUUGCCCUGACUCACUUCCCGGCUCUCGCCGGCCGUUUCGAGACGGACUCCGACGGGUACGUCCACAUCCUCUGCAACGACGCCGGCGCUGAUUUCAUCCAGGCCAAGGCCAAACACCUAACCGUCGACGGCGUUCUGCCUCCUAAUUGCGACGUCCCUCAUUGCUUCAAAGAGUUCUUCACCUUUGACAGGACCAUUAGCUACUCCGGCCACCACAAGCCUUUGGCGGCCGUUCAGGUCACCGAGCUCGCCGACGGCGUCUUCAUCGGCUGCACUGUCAACCACUCCGUCACCGAUGGGACCUCCUUCUGGCAUUUCUUCAACACCUUCGCCGAAAUAAACAGAGGCGCCAUGAAAAUCUCCAAGUCGCCGGACUUGUCCCGCGACACCGUCUUCAACUCUUCGGCGGUGCUUCGUGUCCCGGAAGGCGGCCCUAAGAUCACCUUCUCCGGCAACGAGCCGUUAAGAGAGAGAAUUUUCCACUUCACUAGAGAAUCAAUUCUGAAACUGAAAUUCAGAGCCAAUAACAACGCCGCCCGUAACGGCUUCUCCGAAUCCGCCGAGAUUUUCGGGAAGGCACGCAACGACACCUGGAAUCUCGCUCCCCGAGACAACAACGGCUCCGCCAAAGCACCAACGGAAAUCUCGUCCUUCCAGUCGCUGAGCGCGCAGCUCUGGCGCUCGGUGACACGUGUCAGGAGCUUAGACAGGUCCAAACCGACGACGUUUCGGAUGGCGGUGAACUGCCGCCACAGGCUGGAGCCGAAGAUGGACUCGCACUACUUCGGGAACGCGAUUCAGAGCAUCCCGACCAUCGCCACCGUCGGCGAUCUCCUAUCUCAUGACCUGCGCUGGGGGGCUGAUCUGCUGCACAAGAACGUGGUGGCGCACGACAGCGACACGGUGCACCGCGGCGUAGAGGAUUGGGAGAGCGCGCCGAGGUUGUUCCCGCUGGGGAACUUCGACGGCGCUUCAAUGACGAUGGGGAGCUCGCCGAGAUUUCCGAUGUACAACAAUGACUUCGGUUGGGGGAUGCCCUUGGCCGUAAGGAGCGGUAGGGCUAAUAAGUUCGACGGUAAGAUAUCGGCGUUUCCGGGACGAGAGGGGAACGGAAGCGUUGAUCUGGAGGUGGUUUUGGCGCCGGAGACGAUGGCGGGGCUGGAGUGCGAUGAGGAGUUCAUGCAGUACGUAACUGUGGUGUGAGCGGUUUUUGUUCAAAUUACCGUUAAUGUUUGGGGGGUGUUGAAAGUUUGAAAUGGGGUCAAAACUCGUUGAUGGAUUUGAACGGUUGUGAUGAGACGUGAAACAGCGACGUUUUGCCAAUUGGUGUUGUGAUGUGUACCAUAUAAUUAGAUUUAUGUAUAAUUAAUCCCCGGUGUUAAUUAAGUACCACGUGACGAAAUUUGCAAAUAAUCCAAUGACUUAUGAUGGAGUUCCUAA